UGAAUGCAGCUUUGGGCUCUGGGCUGGACAGGAAACGACGGAGACGCGCAGCGUGCGUCCUCGGCAGCUCCGGCAGAGAAGAAUGGGAAAGGGAACGAGAGAGAGCGUGUAGACGAGGCAGCGUGUGAAAACAUGAGGAUAACGGGGCAGUUUUCUUUUCGCUAGAUUCGUCUUUUAAACAGAUAACUACACGGACCAGAAGGUUUUUUUUUUAUUCUACCCCCCCCAUCCCGAGGUCGGCGGUCUUCGCUCUCCCGUUGGAGAACAGCAGGAGAAGAGAGGAUCUUCUUUGUGAAUCCGACUUGAAUUAUGGAGCAGGUAUCAGACGAUGAGCUGGACCACGGAGCGGAGGAGGACAGCGAUAAGGAGGACCAGGAUCUGGACAAGAUGUUUGGAGCUUGGCUUGGAGAGCUGGACAAGCUGACACAGAGUCUGGAUGAUGGCAAGCCCCAGAAACCGUUGCAGAAGCCUCCUCUCAGGCAGGAGACCAACAUGGCCAACUUCUCCUACCGCUUCUCCAUGUACAACAUAAACGAGGCGUUGAAUCAGGGCGACACGGUGGACCUGGAUGCUCUGAUGGCCGACCUGUGCACUAUUGAACAGGAGCUCAACACCAUUUCCAAACCAAACUCUUCAUCUCGUGGCCAGAACAAAGGCCAGCAGCGGGCCCCUGGGGGGCGCAGUGCCAGCACCAAGCACACAGGCACCAGUGGGGGAGGAAGCAGUGGAGGGAGCACCAGUAGCAGUACCCGCGCGUCGCCGGCCAACACCGUGCGCGGCGGCAGCCUCAACGCCCGCCCCGCGGCUUCCAACAUCUCCCUGGAUGACAUCACCUCCCAGCUGGAGAAGGCCUCUCUCAGCAUGGACGAAGCGGCGCGCCAGACCUCAUCAUCCUCUUCCUCCUCCUCUUCCUCUUUCUCCUCCGCCACGCUCCGGCGUCCCUCGUCGGGGUCGUCCGGCGGCGGGCAGCACAGACGGACGGGCUCGGUGGGCGCGGUCAGCGAGCAGGAAGCGCCGUCCCAGCGGUCCAGCGUGAAUUCGGCUUGCGCCUCGGCGUCCAGCAUGGACUCGCUGGACAUUGAUAAAGUGAUGGCAGGUGGAGAGGUGGAGGCGCAGAGCGGCCGGAGCACACAGGGUCAGAACCAGACCAGCACGGAGCAUGUCACACUGCGACGGGCCAGACGGCAGCUUGACUUCAACUCGCGGGAGGGGGAAGUGGAUCGGGCCACUCACUCCUAUCUGGACCGAGAAACCUCGCUCAUUCUGAAAAGCAUAGCAGGAAAGCCUUCUCACCUACUGACCAAGGAGGAACAAGCUGCCAAAUUGAAGGCAGAGAAGAUCCGCGUUGCCCUGGAAAAGAUCAAGGAGGCACAGGUCAAAAAGCUUGUGAUCAGGGUCCACAUGUCGGACGAGAGCUCCAAGACCAUGAUGGUGGACGAGAGGCAGACGGUGAGGCAGGUGCUGGACAGCCUGCUGGAUAAGUCGCACUGUGGCUACAGUCCCGACUGGGCUCUGGUGGAAACCAUCAAUGAGCUACAGAUGGAACGUAUUUUCGAGGAUCACGAGAACUUGGUGGAGAAUCUCUUAAACUGGACCCGGGACAGCCACAACAAGCUUAUGUUCAUCGAACGCAUCGAGAAAUAUGCCCUCUUCAAGAACCCUCAGAACUACUUGCUGGGGCGGAAGGAGACGUCCGAAAUGGCUGACAGGAAUAAAGAAGCUUUAUUGGAGGAGUGCUUCUGUGGCGGGUCGGUGUCCGUGCCGGAGAUCGAGGGCAUCCUGUGGCUGAAGGAGGACGGCAAGAAGUCGUGGAAGAAACGUUACUUCCUCCUCAGAGCCUCCGGGAUCUACUACGUCCCCAAAGGCAAAGCCAAGGCAUCCAGAGAUCUUGUGUGCUUCCUGCAGCUAGACCAUGUUAACGUGUAUUACGGCCAGGACUACCGCAGCAAAUACAAGGCUCCUACCGACUACUGCCUGGCCCUGAAGCAUCCCCAAAUCCAGAAGAAGUCACAGUACAUCAAGUAUCUGUGUUGUGAUGACGUCAGGACGCUGCACCAAUGGGUGAAUGGAAUUCGCAUCGCCAAGUAUGGCAAGCAACUAUAUGUAAACUACCAGGAGGCAAUGAAGAGGACAGAGGCGGCCUACGAUUGGUCCUCUCUCUCUACCGCCAGCAUCCGAUCAGGCUCCAGCUCCGCCAGCAUUCCUGAGUCCCAGUCUAAUCACUCAGGCCACUCAGACAGUGGAGUGGACACUGGCUCUUCUCAUGGCCGGUCCCAAAGUGUGGUGAGCUCCAUUUUCUCAGAGGCCUGGAAGAGAGGCACCCAGAUAGAGGAAAGCUCCAAGGCAUCCAGAGGGGGCACCCUGCCACACGCUUCCCACGUUCACCGCCAUCACAGCCAGCAUUCAGCGGAUCACCCGGCCCUGACACCUCCUCCGCAACCGCAGGUGCAAUCUCAACCAAGUCCACAGCACCCGCCGCAGCUUCAGCAUCCUGAGACACCGACCCAAGCGGCAACGCUACACCAGCACCUGCCUCCCCAGCAUCAGUCUCCUCAGCAGGCACCACAGCCGUCUCCCCAGUUUCCCCAGCGCCCUCAGCCGUCGCCGCAGUCUCCGCAGCUACAGCAACAGCAACAACAGCUGCAGCAGCAGCAGCAACAACAACAACAGCAACAGCUACAGCAGCAGCAGCAGCAGCAGCAACAACAACAGCUACAGCACCAGCACCAGCAACAACAACAGCUACAGCAACAGCUACAGCAGCAGCAACAACAACAACAGCUACAGCAACAGCUAAAGCAGCAACAGCAGCAGCAGCAGCAACAACAACAACAGCUACAACUGCAGCAGAGACAACUGCAACAACAACAACAGCCACAGCAACAUCUGCAGCAGCAUCAUCAACAACAGCUGCAACAGCUGCUAGAGCUGCAACAGCAACAGCUGCAGCAGCAGCAACAACAUCAGCUGCAGCAACAGCAGAAACAGCAACAACAACAACAGCAACAACAGCUGCAGCAGCAACAGCCGCAGACUAUCGCUGGCUCCAACCACAUGCCCCCACUGCCGCAACAGCUGGCACCACCACCACCACCGCCGCCACCUCCUCCCCCGCCGCCUCCGCCCCCACCCCUAGUUCAGGCGGUGUCGCACCAUUCUCCGGGGCCCACCAUGUACAAAUUCAGCACCAUCAACCGGCUGCAGAACCAGAUGGCUUCCCAGUCGGCCAAUCACCACAGGUUGCCCGGUCACCUGCAUGCGAUAGGGCAGCAGGUUCUGCCCAGGGUUCCGACGCCACCCGCAGCUCAGGUACCCGUCAACGUUAAUCACAUCGCAGCGAGGACUAAUGUCCCGCCUCCGCCUCCCCCACCUCCUCCACCGUCCAUGCCGACCCCCGGGUCAGCGAUGGCAAUGUUGAAGCGGGGCCCUCCCAGCCCGGCUACCCCGCCGGCUUUUAUUCCCCCGCCCCCAGGACAUCCCGCUCCACAGACAAACGGAUUGAUGUUUCCUCCCCCUCCCCCUCCUCCGCCAUAUCCCGCGAGUCAGCAUGUCUACCCCAACGGGCUGAAGCAGGCGCUGAAGGAGAGAUUCCCCAGCCCGCCGCGAGACCUCCUCCCCCCAAAUGGGCUCCUCGAGGAGUCCCCGCCGCCUGCCCCCGCUCCCCCACCUCCACCUCCUCCGCCCCCACCCCCGCCGCCGCCGCCGCCACCACCUCCUCCCCAGCAGUUCAACGUGCCAGCCCAUUUCCCGCCCCCCCCUGCACCGCCACCAGCGCCGCCCAAAACCUUCACCCCGGGCUUUGUCCGUCACACCGCCCCCAAACCGGUGUCGCCUGUCUCUCCUUUUCCCCCGGCCCCACCUCCCGCUGCCCUGGCUGGCCCGACCCCGCCGCCACCUCCACCCCCACCUCCGCCCGCGCCCCUCAAGAAGCAGUUCAGCCUCCAGGGGGGACACCCCCCUCCGACACUCCCCAAGCAGCACAGCCUCUCUAAACAAGGGUCAGGAGCCGCGGGAGCCGCGCCCACCAUGUCUUUGGUGAAACAACUAGCGAGUCAGUUUCCAGGAGCUUCGUCCCAAGCUGCCAGUAACGCCGAGAGCCCCAAAGCCCCCCUUUCGCCACCCGCGGUCAAGACCAAACCGAGGUGGCAGCCCGGUGGCGGCCCGCAACUGCAAUCCCCGGAGUUCCCCCCUCCUCCAGAUGUCAACGUUGGCUUCCCCGCUGCCGCCACCGCCCCUCCUCCUCCACCGCCUCCUCCCCCCCCGCCACCUCCCCCGGCCCCUGUCACAGGCCCGACUCCACCUCCUCCCCCUCUCCCUCCCGGAAACCUAGGCGCCGCGUCUCGCAGGUCGCCCCCCGUGUCCUCCGCUUUCGGGGGCAAGAAAGCGCCUCCUGCCCCGCAGAGGGACCCCGGCUCCAAGUUCAACGCCUCGGAUUCUUAUGAGGAAUCCAGGAGAAACCUGCUCAGCAAGUUUGCUCCCCAGAACGGCGCCUCACCGGGUGCCACGUCCUCCUCCAGGGGAUCUCCAUCCAAGGACCCUUCAUCUGGGCCCCGUGCCCCCCCGAAACCAGGCAAGCUCAACCUGGCCAACCUGCCCGUGGCGCUGCAGGCCAAAGUGAGCCAGGUAAAGCAGACCAGCGGUGACUUCCCCUCCCCACCACCUGAGAGCGCCUACUUCCCACCUCCUCCGCCAGCCUCUGAGCUCUUCCCCCCUCCUCCGCCUCCUGGCGGCGACGCCCACACUGGAGGACCUCCUCGGGUAGCCGUGGUCAACCCACAGCCCCAGGCUCCCCCUCCUCCUCCGCCCGUCUCCCUUGUCAGCAACUCCACAUGGGGCAAGAGCUCACUGAAGAAGACUCCUCCGCCCACGCUUGUGCGGCGUAGCAACGCCACCCCGGAGCCCCCCCCGCUCUCACCGCCUCCGCCCACCUCCCCGAAGGGCGGCUCGGGCCAGCCCAAUUUCCUGGAUGACCUCCACCGGACACUGAAGCGAAAGUCGGUGGGUCGCCAAGGUUCCCUCAACUCGGCCGGCCUCACGGGCAGCCCGGACCCUGUGGGGACGAUGGACGACAUGGCGCUGCCUCCCCCGCCCCCCGAGCUGCUCCUGGACCAAGGACAGCAGAGCAACGGCGGAAACGGUGCCUACAUGUCCGGAAACAUCUCAGGCUAUGCAACAAUAAGACGGGGACCCCCGCCGGCACCGCCUAAGCGGGGGGACGCAACCAAACUUACUGGCGAGUGUUGAAGCGUGAAGAUCAGGAGAUUAUGGAUGAAUGGACAAUGACAGGAUUUAUUGAACUGAACACUCGUCAGUGAGAUGGGAGCAAACUCCUGAACAGCUUCUCUCUUCUUAGGAUACCAAUGUUAAAGAGACUGUGUACAUACUAAAACCCAAACCAUACCAUGGGUCAGUUAGUGUUGGCUCAUUAUUGCCGUUUUUUUAACAUGCUUAGCAUGCUGGGUCGGUGGGGUUUACACUGGAGUGGGUGGGUUUGAGGUCACACAAGACAUUGUCUUAUGGUAAACCCCGCCCAUCUGGUACACCAAGCAGAUUUAAAUAAACACUAAUAAGAAAGUCUGAGCCAAACCAUGUGCUGGAGACAGAAAAAACAAAACAUAAAAACAAAAUACAUCUGGAUCUUUCUAAUUGGUACUGCAUGGGCUUUAUAUGAGACCAAGCCGUAAAACAUGCAGCUGCCGUGGUGUGUGUGUGUGUGUGUGUGUGUGUGUGUGUGUGUGUGUGUAUGUGUGUGUGUGUGCAUGAGUGAGCGAGCUGAAACUGGAGAGUCACACAUGCAUGCAUGUGUGUAUGAUUAUAUGACCAUUUGAGAAGGCCUUUGUGGAGGGGGGACAGUAAGGUUUGGUUUUAUAAAAAAAAUAUUUAAUGAGCGAUAAACAGAAGGACUUUUUUUUUUGUAUAUCUGUCUUUUCUUAGCUGUUUCACAAAGUCUUGAGAGGAGCAAAACAAGAGGGCACAAUGGAAUGUAUCUGGGACGGUGUAAUUAAGAACAUGAGUUACACACACAAAAGCAAUGAUUCAGCAACUUAAAUGUUAAACUUUAAAAUCUGUUGACUCAAACAUUUCUAGACUGUUUCAACACUUUAGCAAAGCAUCAGAAGGAAGCCUUAUCCCCAAAGUGUUGCGCACAGGUCAAAAGCAAAAAGGAAAUUUGUUUCAAAAGGUUCAGCAGCGCCUGGACCUGGAGGAAGAAAAAGAAACAUUUUAUUUAAUGUAAAUGGAGGAGCAGGAGGCCUGUGACUGUGUGAGUUCCCCCGUGCGCUGGCUCGAUUUUGGACCUUUUUCCUCACAUCGUGUCUGUACAGUCGUAGCUGCUACUCCGUUAGUGUCGCCCUCCCCGACCCCCGCCGCCGCCUUCUAAAGUCACACGGUAUCGCAGAAGUAGAAUAUACAGGUCGGAUCCAGUCCUGUGAAGUAUACUCAUCCACACAAGCUAACCCGGUUUAAAAGGAUACAUUUUACAUCAUUAAAUCAUGAAGGGUUUUAAGCAGCAAUGCCUUUUAUUUUUCGAGUGCUAAUGCUAAGGAACGCCUCAUCAACAUGUCCAUGUUUGCAACGAUGACAUAUCAUUAUUAUCUCAGACUGUUUAAACUGGUUUUAAAUUGACUUAUAACUGAUUACCAUUGUCUUAACAGGAUGUUUGCUACAGUGCAGUAUGUAAGUUAUUGAUGUCCUGAUGUGAACAUGUGGGGCCAAGUAAAAUGAAGAAAAAUGGUUGCAGUUGUGACCUGCAUAUAAACUGAAAAUCACAAUAUAAAUGUUCAAACCAGA